AUUCAUUCACUCUGUGCAGUCUGCCGGAAUCUUCAAAACUGUCAUACAUACUCGUUUCCGAAACUUGUCGCUCGUAUGGUUCCGACCAUUUACCACAACCGCAUCAUCUACCGCUUCUAGUUCUUCCGCGACUACGGUUACAGCUCUAGCUACUCGAGAAGGAAAAAAGUUCACAAGGAGACGUAGAUGGGCACUGGUAUAGUCAGCAUGCGUGGGGGUAGUUCCCCGAACAAGGCAUUCGAAGGCUGUCCGUCUGAACUCGAAUCUAUUCCCAGCUGUCCAUCGGUUUCUCAGCGUCGGCUCCCUAAUAUACCCAUUCUCUCAUCCAGCUCCUGGGCAGACGAGGAUGUCCUUCUCUCCACCAAACGGUUUUCGAUACCCGAGUAUUCCGGCGCGCAAAGGCGUUGCCUGUUACAACUGUGAGAAGUACGAGGGCGUAACGCUCGCGCGAUGCACAGGAUGUCUACGGAUCGCAUACUGUUCUGCGCGUUGCCAGACGGCCGACUGGGACACACACAAAGCGCUUUGUCGCGCCCUCAAGAAACUCGAGAAGGAGAACCCUCAAAUACCUCCAAUAGAGAUUCCGCGCACUGAGCCCAUCCUGGAUCCUGGCCAGCUGGCCAGCUUGUGCGACAGCCACGAUCAGAAUAUGCGCGAGGUGAUUGAGCGGACCAUGGGCCGGGCGCUGGAGAUGCAUGAGCGGUCGAUAAUCGAAUGGGAGCCCCGAUGUCUCGUCUGCCCACGUACUGAUCAACUGCUACGCUUCGAGACCGGCUUAUCGGGGAGCGCCGCGCCACGCCUCAUACCAUGCCCCCAAUGCAAUCUGAGCUUCUGCUGCUCGGAUGCACACUGGGCCGCUGCUCAGCAACUUCACCACACCUCGUCCCAGUGCGAACUCAAUCACCAGGUGCGCGCCGACGUUGUGUUUGAGGUGGCGAUGGCUUCUUCAGGGCGGGACCCUCGCGGUGCUUUCAUCUGGGCGCCUACUCGCCUUUCCACUCACUUUGUCUCACUACUUGGAAGCACUGGACCCAAUCGGACCGUGGAUCCGGGCAAUGUCUGUUCAUUUGGCGAUGCCCAUGCGAUCUUGCAUGCGCUUGAGAAGUUGAAUGAGAGAAGCCUGGCAUGGACAAGGAAGGACCUGUUGACUGUCCACGUCAUGGGCGCAACCUCAAACGAAAUUGCAGCCGACAGGACUUUCGAGGAAAUCUUGCACAGAUUGCCCGAUGUGCAAACCUUGAAGCUCGUUUUCUGUGGUCCAGACAUGGCAGACAGUGGUCGAGUGUCAACCGCCAAGACCUGCACUGACUGUUCUAGCCGAGGCCGACAGCGGGUGAACGAAUUUCAGAAUCACGCAUACCGUGACUACAUGCGCCAAUCAAAAUUCUCUCCUCCAGACCUCGCGAUAGCAUACAACUCCAGUGCGACUCAAGGUCCCCCGGAAACAUGGUCCGAAACCCUGGCCAUGCUUAUCGCCCAGCGGGUACCAUCCGUGUUUCUCGUCAGUCAUCAGCUUCUUCAGGAAUGUUCGUGACAUGCGUUCGACAGGCAUCUGACCGAGAGGAAGCGGAGACGAUAUCCAGAUUCCUUUUCUCACCGUCCGGGGCGCGGUUGAUCCCUGGCCUGGGGCCAGACCCCAAUCCGUGGGGCAGCACGCGAGUUUUUCCACAGUCAGUCCGCCCAUUCGGCUUCUACGCGUCGAAUGCGUGGUUUGUAGGCGGUUUCCGCGGACCUUGAGAAUGGAAACCCGCCAAGAAUUGCACGUGAUUUCCAAAUGCAUGAGUCUUUUGUGCACCAGUCCGCUGGCCGUUUGUACAGCUACGCAUCUCCUCUGUUUUGCGCCGAAUGACAGUCUUCGAAGUUCAAUCUGAGCAAGUGGGAAGCGAGCGAAGGCGCAUCAAUCUGUGAUAGCUGGCGGAGUGGAGUAGGUCAAGAGCGGGGAAAUGGCGGGUGAUGAUUUCGCCACUGAUAUGGCAGCAUUUCGCGUGGUUUGGAGAGGUCAAAUUACACGCUCGGUGCUCUCGGAGAAGAGCGUAAUCCUGCCGCAUUUUGCCUGGUCUCGACUUCAUCUUCACUCUAGAUCUUACCUGGUGGUUUUACUUGGUGGUGUCCUUCUCACAAGAACACGAGAUAGAGGAAGCUAGUUUGGAGCAAAUGGAAGCUAUUCAAGUCUUGAGCUGUGCUGUGCCUGGCCGCAGAUGGCGUAGAAUCAGGCCCGACUACGAGAUGCAAGUACUUGGGAAGGCACUCUACAUGUAUGUUUGGAGCAGAUGAAGAUGAAGUGAGGAUCUUGGGUGGAGGCGCUUUGCGCGAGUAGACAGCGAAGAUCGUGUUUGGGAAUGCUGGACCGACACUUGGCGGUCCACUCUACAUGCGCGAUGUACAUAUGAUACGAGAACGAAGAUAGCGAGAUGAUAUAAGUGUCGGCCGACGAAGAUGUUGAUAUUAGCAGAGAAAGGGGAGACCACAGAGUGGAAGGGAUCAGGAUGUCGGAAUGCUUCGGUCUAGGAUCCGACUCGGUUGCUAACGCCUAGCAAGCACGCACCAACAAUCUUUGUGACCAAAUCUUUUGCAUGAAUGCGCUUCUGACUUCUCUUCAAGUUCUCCAACACGUACUCCACGCAUAAUGGAUCCAGACUGACUUCGACACAUCGAUCUCGGGCGGCGUCGUGGUUUUGGAAAGAGUAGUCACAGAGUUCGUUUGAUGCCAUGAUCCUCCCUGGUAAACACUGCGAAACAGCCAAAUGACUCCAAGGUUGAUUUCUGACGCCCAAGACUUGUGGUUCUCUAGCCCUGACUGAAAACAACAUGAACAUUUUCAACCAUCUUCGGGGUCUUUUCGCCAUGGCUGAGGAGCUUAGAUUCGGGCCGGAAUGUUAUCUGAUAGUUAAUAGACCUGCCUCGAUUGCUCAUCGGGAUUACACAUUCAUCCCCGCCCCUCAGAACUUGCGCUGUCACCGCUAACCGCGGGCAGGCGCAACUUCCUGCCGACCUCGGACUCAAAACGCCCCGAUGGAUCAAGAACUGCCCCCACGCUUGUUUCGCCAUGGCAAAAACAGGAAGUGCUGUCAGAGAUCUUCGUUGAAGUUGACGCAGAUUCAUUCAGAGCUUCGGCCUAUGAGCCGAAAGAGUUCCGACUCGAGACAGACUUCGCGCAGGGUGCACAAGCAAAACUUCUAUAGCGCUCAAGAACUGACCAGAAAACUCAUUCCGCUUGCUGAAUGAGUGCUCGAGGAGUCGAGAUAAUGGAUGCCGGACAGGACCACUCUCCAAAAAAAGAAAUGGAAUACAAUGAGCAGCACGAAACGAAGCCGGAGAAUUGUUGAUGGGUGCUCCAUAGGCAGUCUGGCCGUGUCCCAGAACCGUAGAACUCUCUUGGCUCAAUCCGAGGAUCGUGCCGAGAGCCCGCCUGGGAUUCUGCUGACGUUGAGGAGAUCGCGGCAGACAUAGGGCACUUCCGCUCGUUCAACUAUAAAAACGGAGACAAGCUCAGCACUGAACAUCGCAUCUCAGUACUACGAGUCAAGCAUUCAUCCAUGGCAGCUCCACAGCAACAGCAUCCCGCGACCGUCAAGGUUCUAGGAUUCGGUGUGUCCCGCACUGGAACAUCCUGUGAGCGUCGUUGCGGAUGGCCAACACCACUACCGACUGACUGCGUACAGCGAUGAGAUCUGCCCUUCAUGUGCUCGGAUACGAGCCAACCAACCAUGGUUUUGAUCUUUUUGACGAGGCCGAAGUCAUGCACCAGUGGAUUCGGGCCUUGGAGGCCAAAUACUACGGGAUCGGCAAACCCCUCGACGCAGAUGAGUGGCGCCAGUUUUUGGGUCAAUUUCAGGCAGGCAAAUCCGAGUAGGAACUGUUUGCUUUUCACUAACUUGCACGAAUUGCAGGGCGUCACCGACAUCCCCCACUACCUCUUCGUCGAGGAGCUGCUUGCUGCGUACCCCGACGCAAAGGCGCCUGUCACCUACCGCGACCCGAAAGAGUGGUGGAAGUCGUUCGCAUCGACCGUCCUGAAAGUGUGCGAGCCGGUGACCACCUCCGUUCACGCGUCUCCCGACGAGUCGCUCCAGGUCCUCCGUGCGCGCCUCUGCAGCAUGUGCUUCGCGGCGCUGUUCAAAAUGCGUCCGGAAAACAUGCAGCAGGAAAACAUCACCGAGGAGAUCGCGAUCGCGGCCUUUGAAGCCCACUACGAGUAUCUCCGCGCCGUCGUGCCGAAGGAUCGCCUGUUGAUCUUCAGCGUCAAGGAGGGAUGGGCCCCGCUGUGCGCGUUCUUGGAGAAGGAAAUCCCUGCCACGCCCUUCCCGCGCAUCAACGACACGGACCAAUUCAUCGCCGUGUUCCCUGACAUCUUGAAGAACGGCAGACAGAUUAAGUAAGAGUAGUAGACAGACAAGAAAGAGAGGCACGAAUUGUUUUUUAUGAAGCAGUUGUGCCUCAGAUAUAAGUAGCGAGAAGAUUUGCAAUGAAAACUAGACCCAGG